AUGCAAGCGCCUCAAAAUGCUCAGGACAUCAGCAAAGCUCGCAAUGAAAUUUGGUGGGCGGGGGCGCGUACCUUCAUGCUAAACCUAUUCAAAUUUAGUCCAAGGAUCAAUGAUCGCGUAAUUUGUCCCUCCCGUCGGCCUUCUUUUGCUCUGGCUUACAUUUGGUGUGCGAUCGCGCUCAUCCAUUUCGCCACUGCCUGGGGUCACGCGUAUAUUGAGUCUCUGCCUGAGGAGGAGUUCCAGCAGCUAAGUCCGCAGCAGCGGGCCGUAGGCUUCAGCGUAAAGACGCUGCCACUGGCCACGCGGCUGCUUCUACUCUGGACUGGCUUCAUGCUGCAAGUAAUUGUGCUCCAAGUGCUCCUAGCACCUGAGUGCAACGGCAUCAGCCUCCAGGGUGGCAUUUCCCUAUGCUGCUUCAUCUGGCUGCUCGUUAUUGCCCUGGGCAUUGUCAGCCGCACAAAAACUUUCAUCACGCCGUACAUUUACGACCCUUCUCACGAGGAACAGCCGACCCUGUUUACGCAAAUCAAACAAGCGACCAAAGCCAUUGGACCUUGA